UAUCCAAAGAUGGCUGCAGGUACGAUCUUGUCAAAGUAAACUGUGCAGCAUUAUAUAUAUCGUUGUCUGCUUUGGAGUUUAAUCUUAGAUAUGGAUAAAGAGUCCCUCUUCUCUUUGGAAGUUGUGGUGGAGAAACUUUAUAUUCCCCACACGACCUGCCGAUUUCCUUCCGUGGUUUUUAGGCUGUUGGACUUUCCAAAUAUACUUAUUGAACAUGUUGAAGACGACCUAGCUAGGAACAUUAAAUUCAAAAUAUCGCGAGAUCCAUAUUACAAAGUUCCGGACCAGUUUGCAGAGCUGAAGGACAAGCAUGGAAAUUUCAUGAUCAGGAAGGGGAAAUCUUGUCUUUUUAAAGUCACACCAGAGACAUUGAAAAUCCAUCUAACCAACACACCAUUGUACAUCAUGGUUGUGGACAGUUUUGAAAAGGUCCCAAAAUUAGUAGGAAACAGUACUUUACCGAUGGAUGAUAUUAUGAACCAAAUUGUUGAUGACAUAAAACUCCAUGGAAAUACAGUUCCUUCUGUACAUGGUGACAAAGGUUUGUUCAAAAUCUACAGUCUGAUGGGAAAGGAUAUUGGGUACAUGGUACUUGGCUUUAGACUUCUGAGUCUUGGCCCAGGACUGAUACCUCACAUACCAGAUUCUGCGAUAGCAAAACCACAAAGCAACAUUAUUACUGUGAAACCAACAACAGAGACAGAGAUUAAAUCAACAAGAGCAGCCUUCGUUAAAGAGACGCAACAAAGCCUUAUUGACACACAUGAAAUGGGAUCAAUGACAGAGCCAGAGAAACAAGAUGUAAUGCUGCAAACUAUAGACAUGAUUGACAAAGAAAUACAUGUAGCAAUUUCAGAGCCAAAAGUAGCAUCAAAACCAGAGGAGAGAAGGGAAUUUCAAACCAUGUCAACUCAAACUCAAAAGAGUAGGAUUCAAUACAAGCAAAGAAGAAAUAAAGCAUCAAAUGCUCUCAACAUAGAUAUGGAGAGUGAUGAAGAUGGUGAUGGAAUCAUAAUAAACAACAUUGUUCAGCCUCCAGCCUUGUUUUAUAAUAGUGAAAAUGAACCCAAAGUCAAAAUCCAUAGACAGUAUUUAUAUGAUGACGAUGAAUCCAGUGUAUAUUCAGAUGAGUUGAAAUUAGAGGAUUUGUCGGACAAUGAGAAAGAGCAAGUUGACAAACCUCAUGUUGCUCCUCCUCCAAAGACCAAUCAGUUCACAAAUGCUGGACAAAAACCAAUGGUGAUGCAAAAUGUGAACCAGCCAGGUAUCAAUAUUUUGCAGGAUUAUGCCAGAAGAAUGCCAAAUGGUCCAAUUUUUCCGAUAUUAACUGCCCUGCUGAAAGAACUGUCUAGUCUUCAAGAUCCUCAAUUUGUGCAACAAACUGUGCAACAAGUUCAGGCAGCAACUCAGCAUAGGCGAGAUCCUCCAGUCAGAAGAAUGGAUGUCGAGAAAAAGCAAAUGCAACCAGCGAAGGAGAUAACCUCAGGACCGAAGCCACAGUUAGUGACAAAGGUGAUCAGACCACAGACAACCAAGGAAAAUAUUCAGCCAAAUGAAAGCAAACUUGAAAAACAGAAGAGCAAUUUGUCGAGAAAAGAAAGCAAUGAUGUGGCAAACAAAAAGUCUCGUGGCUGGUUGAGAAAAGCACCAGAAACAAGUGUGAAAAAAUCUAAGCUGUCGUAUGGACUGACUAAUACACAACGCUUGAGACUGGCAAAAACAAAUCCUGAAUGGUUGAAAAAUAUUGAGAAAGAAGAAGCAGAACUCAGAGCUGCAAAAGAAAAACCAACCUUGAAGCCCAGUUUUGAAGAAGACUUUCCCACUGCAGAUAUGUCCGAUACACUUACAGAAGUUAGGCGUCUUGCUCAAAAGAAUCUAAAUGCAGAUGACACCCUAGCUCAGAGUGACUUAUCCACAAUGAGAUCAACUAGGAAACCCAAGAAAACCCGUAAAUUUAGUCCAAGAAGGAAGAGCAGCAAAUCUCCUAGUCAUAGAGAGUCCCGGAGAAGUGAAAAGUCAAAGAGAGAAAAACCAAGUGGUUCAUCACCCCAUGCUGAUGAUGAAGGAUCAGGAUCCGAUGAUGAUCCCCCAAGCAUGCCAAGUCAGAAGAGCAUUGAAGUUCGGAUUCCGAGUGUCCAGUUUCAGUAUGAGAGUGACUAUACCGUCAAUGAAAGUGACAAUCCAAAAGAGGAAAAGCAACAAAAAAAGUUUCCAGGAUUUGCUGAUCACAAUGCUUCACUUCCAGAAUCCAUUGAUGGAAAUGUGAAUGAUUCCCUGAAUGACAAGGAGGAGGAUUUAGAUUCUCCACUAGAAUCCACCAGAAAUGAAAAACCUUUUGAAAAUCUGAAAAAGGCCGGUAGUGGUUUAAGAUCAACUGACGAUUUAGAUACAGGAACACAAUUCCAGUCAACAGAGGAGCCAGAGCUUCAGCAAUUAAUGAGCUCUGGGGAAGAAAUUAGUGAUGUCUUAUCAAGUAAUCCCACUGACCAGUCCAAGUCCCCUGGUUCAUACCACAUGGAGUCUCCAACUCCAAAGUUUACUGUGUUAAACCCCAAGUCUUCUCUGCAGUCCCCGAUUCCAGCAUUGCGUAGAUCACAAGCAAAGCUGGACAGAUCUGUUCCACUGUCUCCAUCUCGAACACCUCGCUCCCCUUCCCCCGGGCUCACAAACAGCUCCAAGUUUCCCACCCCCAGGCCUAGAAAAUUAGCAAGAGAAAGAAGGAUGGACUUUAAGCAGGAGUCUAUACACACUGAGUCAGUGAGUUCUUAUUUUCCCUCGGAUGGAGAAGGCGGAGGUACUGAUGAUGAUGCACCUAGUCGACUUUCCACCCCAGACAUUCAUGUCAAAAAAUAUGUACCUUCUACCAAACUUGGGUAUACUAUUUAUUGAAUGCAAACAUAAUUACCAAAACAAGGUUUUUAAGAUUCAUUUUAUAUAGAAUGAAUUGUGAAGUUGUUUGGGAUGUUUUAUAUAUAGUCUUUUGAAAGAUAUUACACAGUACAGAUGUACUGAUGUUUAGUUACAAUUGUUAAUUUAUAUAAUUAUGUACAUUAGAACAUCAGAUAACAAAUUUUAUCAGGAAAAUAGAAGAUUUUGAGUUAUAGCUUAAUCUACCCUAUGUGUGAUAAUUUCUACCUAAUAGAGAAGAAACAUUUAUGCUAUGGUAGGCAUUGAUAUUUCUACGUGUAUAUGUGAAUGUCCAUUUAUGUCCGAUAGAUUGCUACAUUGUAUGUACCUAUUUUGUUUAUUAAAGUUAUUUUAUGAAAUACUU